AGGCGCAGCGCGGCGCGCGGCGCCGCGCACCGCCUCCUUCGGAUGCCUCAGAAGCGGCUGCGCCGCCGCACCGUGAAGCCCCAGGGCGCGAGGGCGCCGCCCGAGGGCGCCGCGGAGCGCGACGCCCCCGCGGGCGAGGGCGUGCCGGCGGAGGCCGAGGGCGUGCCGGCGGAGGCGCUGCCCGCGGAGAGCCCCCGCUUCGAGGCCUACUACCGCCGGCAGGGCAUCUGCCCCGAGGCCGAGUGGCCGCAGCUCCUCGCCGCGCUGCGGUGCGGCCUGCCGGCCGCCGUGCGCGUGAACCGCGGCGCGCACGCCGCGCCGGCGCUGCUGGCGCAGCUGCGCCGGCUGCGCGAGGCCGAGGGCGAGCAGCGCGCGUACGCGCCCCGCGAGCUGGCGUGGUAUCCGCACGGGCUCGCGUGGCAGUGGGACAGCCUGUGCAGCUGGGAGAUCCGGAAGGGGCUGACCCACCGGAGGCUCAAGGCCUACCUGCUCUGGCUGCAGGACCAUGGCGCGCUGACCCGGCAAGAGGCGGUGUCCAUGGUCCCGCCCCUGUGCCUGGAGGUCCGUCCCUGGCACUCCGUGCUGGACCUCUGCGCCGCGCCCGGCUCCAAGACGUCCCAGAUGCUGGAGAUGCUCCACUGGGAGGACGCCGGCGACCGAGCACUCCGCGGGGACCUCCGAGCUCGUAUGUUUGUGUCGCUCUUCGCUCCCCUGCGGAUAGUGCCCAAGCGCGCGGACGUCCUGAAGCACUCGGUGCAGCGCCUCGGCUCCCCGUGCGUGGUCGUCACGCAGCUGGACGGGCAGUACUUCCCGAACCUCACGGCCGAGGACGGGCGGCCGUUGCUCUUCGAUCGGGUGCUCUGCGACGUGCCGUGCUCGGGGGACGGCACCAUCCGCAAGUGCCCCACCCUGUGGGGCAAGUGGUCGCCCAAGGAGGCUCUGGGGCUGCACCACAAGCAGUACACCCUCCUGUGCCGAGGCCUGGACCUGCUCCAGGUGGGCGGCCGGCUGGUCUACAGCACGUGCAGCUUCAACCCUCUGGAGGACGAGGCGGUGGUGGCGGCGGCCCUGGCCCGGUGCGCGGGGUCCGUGUCGCUGGUCCCGCUGCCCCCCCUGGAGGGCCUGUGCGGCGCUCCCGGGCUCGCGGCGUGGGCGGUGCCGCACCCCGACGACGCCGGGCUGCUCUGGGAGCGGCACGGGGAGGUCCCGAGGGAGCUGCAGCGCAGGCUGCGCGCGUCGCUGUUCCCCCCCGAGCCGGGCUCCGAGGACGCCGCGUCCUGGGCGAGGCAGUGCGGCCACUGCCGCCGCUUCCUGCCCCACCGGGCCAACAGCGGCGGCUUCUUCGCCGCCGCGCUCGAGCGGACGGCGCCGGCGGCGCCGGCGGAGAGGCAGGCCGGGCGGCGCCGGAGGGCGGCGGGCGAGGGGGCCCUCGGCGGGGAGGGCGCCGGCGCGGCGGCCGAGGCGGGCGCGGCAGGCGUCGAGGCCGAGGCCGUCGGUGGCGGGGGCGCGGCAGGCGGCGCGGGCGCGGCGGGCGGCGGCGCGCAGGCGGAGGCGCAGAGGAGGAGAAGAGCACCCUGA